AUGGCACCCCACUACUUCUCCGUGUUGUGCAAUGCCAUUGCUCAGCUCAGCAUUCCGGAUAGUGAAAUUGGAGCUGUCCCGGAGAUCCCCUAUUUCGCAGAGGAGUGGGCAUUUCAAGCAGUCCUCGGUAUCAUCCUUGCUGCUCUCCUUACCGAAGCCAGCAUCCGCGAGGUGGGCAUCUGGAUUUCCAUUGCAUACCGCUUGAUAUUAGAAUACUGUCCAGCACAUCCUGUCGACGCAUCAAGGGAGUGGAGAAAGCUUUUCAGUGGUUUGCAGAUAGUCGACCUCGAGCACGCCUCGCUCCACAUGUCACAUCCCGUCAUUCCUCUCGAGGCACCACUUUCAAGCUUACAACACCUUCAUCAUGACCAAAUAUAUAAGCUUUCACGCAUGAUGCAUACAGGUCUGAGCCAGUUUACUGGGCGGAAACUUCCUACCAUCUGGUGUUCCUUCAACAGCACGCCACCACAAAGACAAGAGCCAACCUCCAACUUCACUGCAAUCGAUGCAGCCGUGAUUAGGGACUGGGCCCGACAGCUAGAUCAAUGGCUUGUCGAGUUCAGUAAUGCCCCAGACGGGCCCGAGGCGAGUAGCAACAUCGUAUUUCGACAAUACGUGCUACAUAGAUUGGUUGUCCUAUCCAUAUACCAUCCAGCUCGAGGCUGUGACCUAUGGGCUAAAGGCAUCACGCUAGGCGAGCAGCAAGAAUUGCUUUUGUCUGCUCGUGCGACGUUGAAACUUCACCGCCACGACGAACUAAUUUGGACCAACUGGGACCUUGUUUUGAUUACCUGGGCAGCCCUUAUUGUAUUACAAGCCACAUGUGGAUGUGCCGGUGAACCCGAUGACCUGACGGAUGUAAAACUACACCUUGCCAAAUUAGAACAGGCAAAAGACACGGAUCCUGCUCUUUGGGCAAGGCUGAUAUCGCGACUCGAGGAGGGCUUGCGAAAAUCGCAGGCCCCGGCACCCACAGAAUCGAAGCAAUGCGAAUACGUAUCAACGAAUUUAGAUUAUUCAUGGCAUAUUUUUGACGAAGUCAGCCUCCGCAAUAUUGGAUUUACUGGCUAG